CUCGCAGCAGUAAAGGUGUAACGGUGUACAGUGAUGCUCGUGGUGCUCUGGCAAAAGAGGAUGUUCUCUUUAGUUUUUAUUCCAGACAUGGAUCAUAUUCCUUAAAAAGCUUUUAUCAGCAUAGAAGCACCGAAUUACUCAAACAAAAAGAUAGAAUUUCACAGCAGAGAUGACAGCAGCCACGCAAGUCAUUUUGCAUGCAGUCACCUGAUCUCCGGCCUGUACGUGACCGAGGUUUCCACAGAGUUCCAGUUCUGGUAACGCUGCUGAUGCACGGUGACCGGAUUGAUGUAGCCUUAAAAGACAUUCAAGAUAUUAAGCGACGGUAACGGAAUAACCUUUAUCGUGUGCAAACAAGCCAAAAAUACUCAGUCCCUGCUUGGACUAUGGAACCAACGGAGUCAGAGAUGGCCAUCUUGUCCAAUGGGAAAGGUCACGACCUCGAAGAUGACUUAGCGAUGCCGAUGAAGACAUUGCCAGAAGAAGAUCAAAAUGGCACUCAAACAGUAAGAUUUGAUGAUGUCGAUGGAGGUCUGGAGAGUGAGGAGUUUUUGCCCAAUGCGGACGGAGAGAAGCACAUACGCUUCAAAGAUUUUGAAGGAAAGACGUCUUUUGGCAUGUCCGUCUUCAACCUGGGUAAUGCUAUCAUGGGCAGUGGAAUCCUGGGACUGGCGUAUGCCAUGGCAAACACUGGCAUACUCCUCUUCUUGUUUCUUCUCACUGCAGUAGCAGCCUUGUCAUCUUACUCCAUUCAUCUGCUGCUGAAAUCCUCUGGCAUUGUGGGAAUUCGAGCUUAUGAAGAGCUGGGGAACCGGGCUUUUGGCACUCCGGGAAAAAUGGCUGCCGGUAUAGCAAUUACCCUUCAGAACAUUGGAGCCAUGUCCAGCUACCUGUACAUUGUCAAAUCCGAGUUGCCGCUGGUCAUCCAAGCUUUCCUGAGGGCGGAUCCAAACUCUGAUCUGUGGUACUUAAAUGGAAACUACCUGGUCAUCAUGGUCUCUGCCAGUAUCAUCCUGCCUCUGGCUUUAAUGAAACAGCUCGGAUAUCUCGGCUACACCAGUGGAUUCUCUCUCAGCUGUAUGGUGUUUUUUCUCUCUGCAGUCAUCUAUAAGACGUUUCAGAUCCCCUGCCCCUUCGAGGAGUUCUCAGCCAACACAACCGCUGCCCACCUCAGCCUGAAUGUCUCAGGUCACGGCCGCCAUGAUUACCACGACAAUGGCCUGGUGCACGAGGACGACGAGUCCCACUGCUCCCCGCGCAUGAUCAACAUCAACUCGCAGACAGCAUACACCGUCCCCAUCUUGGCCUUCGCCUUCGUUUGCCACCCCGAGGUCCUCCCCAUCUACACCGAGCUGCGCGAUCCAACGCAGAAGAAGAUGCAGAAGGUGUCCAACAUCUCCAUCUUGGUCAUGUACAGCAUGUACUUUCUGGCCGCUCUCUUCGGUUACCUGACCUUUUACGGCAACGUGGAGCCCGAACUGCUGCACACGUACAGCCGGAUUGAUCCCUACGACACUUUGAUCCUGUGCGUCCGAGUUGCCGUCCUCACAGCCGUGACGCUGACCGUCCCCAUUGUGUUGUUCCCUGUACGCAGAGCAAUCCAGCACAUGGCGUUCCCCAAAAAGUCCUUCAACUGGCUGCGUCACGUUGCCAUUGCCGUCGUUCUGCUCACCAUCAUCAAUAUGCUGGUGAUAUUUGCUCCAAACAUUCUGGGCAUCUUCGGCAUCAUCGGCGCAACGUCGGCUCCCUGCCUCAUCUUCAUCUUCCCUGCUGUGUUUUACAUCCGCAUUGUUCCCAAAGAAGAUGAACCCAUGAACUCUGUUCCUAAGAUACUGGCGGCCUGUUUUGCAGCUCUGGGUGUCUCUUUCAUGGUCAUGAGUCUGAGCUUCAUACUCAUCGACUGGACUGCAGGGGGGGGGCAAGCUGCUGGAGGCCACUAGAUGCUGCUUUGGUGUUUGUGAGCUUUGGGGGGGGGAAUAACUGGUCAAUGUAAAGGGAAUAUCGUCACCAUCAGUGGGAUUAUGACAGGGUAACUAUAAUAAACUCUAGGCCGGUUGGAAUCACAAUCGAUGGCGUUCAAUUAGCUUUUAGUGAGCAAAAUCCUCGCAUAACGACACAAUUUAUUUUACAUGCAAUAGUAAAGCAAUUUUUAUGGAUAAUCUGGACUCAACAGGGUUUCUGUUUAUCACCAUCUGUUGGUGUUACCAUGACGCUGAAAUGGUCCUUUCCCGUCUCUUCCUUUUUAUCGACACACAAACAACUGCAGUUGGUUGAUACACAUAGGGCGAUAGGGGAUACACAAUGUGUGAAAAAUAGGGGAUACACAAGUUAUUUUGUACACAUUUCAACUAUUUUUCACUAUACCAGCACAAGAGAAUAUUCAGAUGUUCUCAUCAUGACCAGCUGCUCUCUAAACUAUAAAGGAAUCAGUGCUUUAAGGCCUUAGAGUGCAGAUGACAUUUAGUUGAGUGAUCUGUGGAGUGCUCAUGAGAUACAUCAUACAAAGCUUCAGGAACCCGGGUGCCUUACGGCAUUUGGAAAAGCACACAAACACACAGCAAAGACUAGAUUGUAUAUUUAUUCAGCCACUUUAUCUUUUCUAAUUUCAAAUGGACUAUAUUAAACGACUUUGUAUGAUAAAGGCUAUGACCCAAAUAUAUCAUAGCUUACAGUACAUAGAUGAUGGAAGGUGUUAAGGAUUAUGAUAUUUUCUAAUAAAAUUCAAAGAGCUCGAUCUUAAUAACUCAUACCUCCCCUUACAGAACUCUUAGCACAAUUAUUCCAAAGUGUGACCUUGAAUAUUAACCAAGUCAAAAUUAGGUUUUAAACUGACAAUUCAGUAUCUAAAUAUUAAAUUUCUUAAAUUUCUGAUUAUAUAUUUAUAAAUUCUCAAAUGUCCAUGACAAUUCAAAAUGAAAUAAAAUUAACAGUUGUAAAAAAAAUACACUUAUUUACAUUAUUGAAAAUAGUUACAUAAUAAGAUGCAACAGUUAAACUCCUCCCGGACCCUAGAAAGCUCACUAACAUUUUACAUUUUUAAAUCCAGAAGUCUCCUCCUUUAAUGAAAUGUUUCCAAUCAUGCAGAUAUUUCUGGUUGUACUUAUGGUCACAAAAGUAUGCUGACACCUAAGUAAUAAACAUACUUUAAAACCUAUGCAAAUAAACCAAAAAAAAAAAAAAAA